AUGCUGAACACGCCUCAACAAUACGUCCUUCCGGACCUCUUGCCUCUCAUCCCGUUCAAGGGUUCCUUCAACCCGCACUAUCUCGAGGCCGCUACCGCAUCUGCCGCCUGGGCAGAGAGCUACAAAGUAGUGCCAGAACGCAAACGCACUGCCUUCCUUCAGUCUGGUAGCGAGUUGCUUUGUGCACACGCGUAUCCGUACGCUAGUCUAGAGCAGCUGCGCACCUGCUGCGACUUCGUCCACAUCCUGUUUGCCGUCGACGAGAUCAGCGACGAGCAAACAGGAAAGGACGCCUAUGCUACCGGACGCGUCUUCCUCGACGCGUUGCGAUAUGCCGAGUGGAACGACGGGUCGGCAAUCGCCAAAAUGACGAAAGAGUUCAGAGAACGCAUCAUGAAGGUGGAUGUUCCAGCCUGCCACAAUCGCCUCUUCAAACACUGCGAGAGCUACGUCAACGCAUUCUCAGUCGAGGCAGAGCUCCGUGAACGCGACGAGAUCCUUGACAUUGACUCGUACAUCCGCCUCCGUCGAGAGAACAGCGCCGUUCGAUGCUGCUUCGGCCUCUUCGGCUAUGUUCUCGGCAUCGAUCUUCCGGACAGCAUCUUUGAACAUCCCGUAUUCAUGCGCAUGCAUCUCGCAGCGGUCGAUAUGGUGUGUUGGUCUAAUGAUCUCUAUUCGUACAAGAUGGAGCAGCUUUCUGGGCUUACCGGCAACAACGUUCUGACCGUGCUUAUGGAGCAGAAUCACUGGACGCUGCAGCAGGCAUCCGACCACGUUGGAGUACAUUUCAAGACGUUGUUGGACAGUUUCUUGUCUGACAAGGCACAACUCCCAUCGUGGGGUCCCGAAUUAGACCACGCCGUGUCGCAGUUCGUGAUGGCCAUGGAGAGUUGGGCGGUGGGAAACUGCGAAUGGAGUUUUGCAACGUUGCGCUAUUUCGGUCCGGAGCGCGAAGAGGUCAAGAAGACACGCGUCGUGAGACUCCGACCUAAACUGCUGGAGGACAUAGCCUGA